GUAAGGGAAAUAGACAAAGAUCUCGACAUAGACAGCAUUUUUGCUCCUCGGAUUGCUCUCCUUGAGAACUUCUUAAGAACCCAUGAAAGAGGAAUAACUCUAGUACAAUGGGAUACGAAGUGGAAAGAUUCGUGGGAGUAGUCGACGAGGAGCUUUUCUGUCCUAUCUGCGGUCUUGUCUUAGACUCUCCACUACAGAUCAAGGACUGCGAGCAUUGCUUCUGUGGGUCUUGUAUAGAAGAAUGGUUGAAGCAUCAGCGAGUCUGCCCUGUUGACCGCACUCCCGUCCCACCUAGCUGCGAGGGAUCCUCUCUCACUAGCGCUCUCGGGCCAGCCCCUAGGAUUCUCAGAAACCUCCUCUCCAGGCUGAGGAUUAAGUGUGAGAAUGAGGUCUUUGGUUGUCAGACCGUUACUCAUCUCGAAGGACUCCAGUUACACCUAAACCAGUGCGAGUAUAAUCCACGGCGGCCGGUUGAGUGUGAUAGAGGCUGUGGUAGUGUCGUACCAAUGGACGAACUCACCCAACACAACUGUAUCAAGGAACUGAGAGAGAAGAUAACGAACCAGUCAUUGGUCAUAAAGACACUUUCCGAUCAAGUUAGUAUCUUGCAGCAAGAGCUAUCGGACCAAAGACAAGAAAUGACAAUACUUAAAGAGCUCGUACGUUCGUCUGCCUCCUCAUCCUCAAACUCUCUGAGGCACACGCUAUCACUCCUUCCUCCUCUUCCCCCUCUCUCCUCUGCCUCUCCCUCCUCGGUCUCCUCCUCUCAGUCUAAUUACCCUGACGAAGUAGAGCAUGCUAUCCAGACCUCACAAUGGCUCUCACUACUGAGGCCGGCCAGAAUACGCCACUGGGGAGGGAUUAUAAGUACGCCCGACUCCAUCUUACAGUCCAUCAUACGUCAGGCCCUCUCAUCAAGUGGCUGUCCUCAGUAUUUACUAGUUGAGCUAAUGGCUAACGCACACGAGAGAAGAUGGCCGCCAGGGCUGAGCGUCCUCGAGACAAGACAAUUGAACAGGUCUCGCUAUGAGCAGUACGUGACUAAACAAGUCCCUGGGAAACAGGCAGUCGUGAUAAUGGCUUCCGAGAAUGAGCACAUGGGGGAUAAUAUGAUAGUGUCUCCAGGGAUGGUCAUCAUAUUUGCUCAUGGAGUAGACUGAGACACACUUACCACCUGACAUGGAUGUGUGGUUUGGGUUUAAGCUCUUUUGAUUAGAGACUAUGUAAUAUCUUUGAGAAGUUAAUUGAUGAGUCAGUGCUGUUAUCUUCUUAUGAUUAUGAUUAUCAUCAUCAUCAUCAUCAUUACAACCUAUUAUUAUUAACUAUUAUUAUUUAAAAAAAUAAUUGUAUGAUAAUUAUGGUUAGCUACUACGAAUUGAUUUUGGGAUCUGUUACAAAAGCUAUA